AUGGCGCAAGAGGAAGUGCUAGACGCGAAGCGCGGAAGCGAAGAUCAUCACUCACUGCGCGCGCUGGAGGCCGACGGAUGCUGUCGGAGAGGGCCACGAGGGAUGAUGGGUGCAGGAUGGGUGCAGGAUGGGUGCAGGAUGGGUGCAGGAUGGGUGCAGGAUGGGUGCAGGAUGGGUGCAGGAUGGGUGCAGGAUGGGUGCAGGAUGGGUGCAGGAUGGGUGCAGGAUGGGUGCAGGAUGGGUGCAGGAUGGGUGCAGGAUGGGUGCAGGAUGGGUGCAGGAUGGGUGCAGGAUGGGUGCAGGAUGGGUGCAGGAUGGGUGCAGGAUGGGUGCAGGAUGGGUGCAGGAUGGGUGCACGAUGGGUGCAGGAUGGGUGCAGGAUGGGUGCAGGAUGGGUGCACGAUGGGUGCACGAUGGGUGCACGAUGGGUGCACGAUGGGUGCACGAUGGGUGCACGAUGGGUGCACGAUGGGUGCACGAUGGGUGCACGAUGGGUGCACGAUGGGUGCACGAUGGGUGCACGAUGGGUGCACGAUGGGUGCACGAUGGGUGCACGAUGGGGUGCACGAUGGACGUGCACGAUGGGUGCACGAUGGGUGGCACGAUGGGUGCACGAUGGGUGCACGAUGGGUGCACGAUGGCGUGCACGAUGGGUGCACGAUGGGUGCACGAUGGGUGCACGAUGGGUGCACGAUGGGUGCACGAUGGGUGCACGAUGGGUGCACGAUGGGUGCACGAUGGGUGCACGAUGGGUGCACGAUGGGUGCACGAUGGGUGGCACGAUGGGGUGCACGAUGGGUGCACGAUGGGUGCACGAUGGGUGCACGAUGGGUGCACGAAUGGGUGCACGAUGGGUGCACGAUGGUUGCACGAUGGGUGCACGAUGGGUGCACGAUGGGUGCACGAUGGGUUGCACGAUGGGUGCACGAUGGGUGCACGAUGGGUGCACGAUGGGUGCACGAUGGGUGCACGAUGGGUGCACGAUGGGUGCACGAUGGGUGCAUGAUGGGUGCAUGGUUGUAUGGUUGCAUGGCCCAUGCUUCUGGACUGGGAAAUGCCAUGGCAGGUGGGUUAGUGGGGGAAGGGGCAGGUGUAUAG